CAAGACACAAUCCCCUCAAGCUCGAGCUUCCGUCAAUGGCGGAAGUGCCGGUAGCAGCUCUCGCAGUAGAGGUUUCUUCUUGCCUGGUGCGACUGUGGCGACCAUUGCUAUGCUAGGCGCUCUUCAUGCUCGCCGUCUCUACGACGAUAAAAAGAUUGAAGAUGCAAGACAGAAGGGAAUCGAGAUGGAAUUCCAACCUGAUGUGAAAGCAUCAUUUAUGAGAUUCCUACCUUUGCGCUCCAUUUCCAGGUUCUGGGGGUUCAUGACUAGUGUGGAGUUUCCAGUGUGGAUGCGUCCAUAUGCAUAUAGAGCAUGGGCUCGCGCUUUUCAUUCAAACUUACAAGAAGCAGCUUUGCCUUUAGAAGAAUACUCAUCUUUGAGGGAGUUCUUUGUCCGUACUCUUAAAGAGGGUUCCAGACCCAUUGAUUUCGACCCAUGUUGUCUGGUUAGCCCAGUAGAUGGAACCGUUCUAAGGUUUGGGGAGUUGAAAGAACUAGGGAGUAUGAUUGAACAAGUAAAGGGGUUUUCUUACUCUGUUCCUGCACUUCUUGGCGGAACGUCAUUCCAAUCUAUGACUGAAACUGAAGCAGACGGUAAUGAACGAAAAAAUGGUCGUAAUGGAACAUCUGACCCGGAGACAACUAAAAAAUCAUGGUGGAGAGUUUCAUUUGCUUCUCCAAAAGUCAGAGAUCCUGCCCCAGCACGUCCAAUGAAGGGGCUAUUUUACUGUGUGAUUUACUUAAAGCCUGGUGAUUAUCAUCGCAUACACUCGCCAACUGAUUGGAAUGUAAUCCUUCGCAGACAUUUCACAGGUCGUCUCCUUCCCGUUAAUGAGCGUGCUACAAGAACAAUCAGAAAUCUUUAUGUUGAGAAUGAAAGAGUGGUAUUAGAAGGUCGAUGGCAAGAAGGUUUUAUGGCAAUGGCAGCAAUCGGUGCUACAAAUAUUGGUUCAAUUAAGCUUUUCUUCGAACCAACUCUCCGAACAAACAAGCCCCAGAAGAAGGUGCUGCAUUUUGAACCUCCUGAAGAAAAGGUGUAUGAACCCAGCACUGGUGUCCAGCUCAAGAAAGGAGACGAGCUAGCUGCCUUCAAUAUGGGUUCGACGGUUGUUCUGGUUUUCCAAGCUCCUAUAUCACCACCUUCCGGCUUCAGGUUUUGUGUCAAGAAAGGGGAAAGGAUUAAGAUGGGAGAAGCACUAGGACGGUGGCAGCACGACUCUCAGAAGAAACUCAUAUUGGACACAUGAAGAUGCCCAGUUCUCCUCUUGUGUUGGAUUAAUUUAGAAUCUCCAGGUUUGAAUGCCAUAUUAUCAUAUGCAAGUUAGCUCAUUCUCAUCUUCAUCAUAAAACCUUCUCAAAUCUUUCCCAAAACAAUUUAGCACUUGUUAAUAGGACCUCUCUUGGAUGUUAGUAUAAAAUUUAGAGAACCUA